GUAAGCAAGGGACUCUGGCCCGACCCGAGAACCUCAACCAAAACCUCAGCACCGCCGCGUCGCUGGCGCCCCGUCCAGAACUCUCCGCCGCCGCCGUCGUCGACCAGUGACCCGCCGCGCCUUGCAGCGGCGACGGAGGGGCCAGCCAGCCAGCCAUGACGACCCGCAUAGCGCCGGGCGUGGGCGCGAACCUGCUCGGGCAGCACUCGGCGGAGCGCAACCAGGACGCCACCACCUACGUCGGCAACCUCGACCCUCAGGUUUCCGAGGAGCUUCUAUGGGAAUUGUUUGUCCAAGCAGGCCCUGUUGUCAAUGUGUAUGUCCCAAAAGACAGAGUUACGAAUUUACACCAGGGAUAUGGAUUUGUAGAAUUCAGGAGCGAGGAAGAUGCAGAUUAUGCCAUUAAGAUUUUGAAUAUGAUCAAACUAUACGGUAAGCCCAUAAGAGUAAACAAGGCUUCCCAGGAUAAGAAGAGCUUGGACGUUGGAGCAAAUCUGUUUAUUGGCAAUCUUGAUCCGGAUGUUGAUGAGAAGCUCCUCUAUGAUACCUUCAGUGCAUUUGGAGUCAUUGUAACUAAUCCUAAGAUAAUGCGAGAUCCUGAAACUGGAAAUUCUAGAGGCUUUGGUUUUGUGAGCUAUGACUCGUUUGAAUCAUCUGAUCAAGCAAUAGAGGCCAUGAACAACCAACAUCUAUGCAACCGGCCAAUCACUGUCUCUUAUGCUUACAAGAAAGACACGAAAGGAGAGCGCCAUGGCACACCAGCAGAGCGACUGCUGGCAGCAAACAAUCCAGGAUCUCAGAAGAAUAGGCCACACACAAUGUUUGCAAGUGGUCCACCGACCCAAGGUCUUCCAAAUGGUGGUCCGCCUGUGCCACGGCCUUAUGGCAAUGGCACAAUUCCGGGACAGAUUCAACACAUGCGCCAACCACCUCCACCGCCUGUUGGACAAUUCCCCCCUCCAAUGCAGAUGCAUGGGCAACCUGCUUGGCCCGCUCAACAGCCUAUGCCGCCCCCCAUGGCAUCGCAACUCCAGUACAGGCUCCCAAUGAGGCCUCCACCACCAAACAUGAUGCCCCCUCCGGUCAGCAUGGUAAGGCCGCCACCUCCUCCCACUGGUAUGUCAGCACCACCUAUGUGGAUACCACCCCCACCCCCGCCACAACAAGGUGGAAUGCCUCCGCCUCCCAUGUCUAUGCCGCCACCGCCUCCACCAUCUGGUUAAACACAUGCAGAGGAAAGUACCGUCUGGUCAAUGUGCAAGCUGUAACUGUAGACUAAGGAUCCUUUCAUAUAUCUUCCCUGUAACUUGUCAACGCAGGUGAAGAUGAGAUUUGAGGGUUUACCUGACAUAUACAAACUCAAGAUUAACAGCUAUUUAUGUUGUGUUGAAGAUGAAUGAAUUUUGUGAUUGUCUACCCA